UUCGAAAACGCUAGCGAAAAUGAAGGUUGCUGUGGUAACUGGUGCAAAUAAAGGUAUUGGAUUUGAGAUAGUAAAAGCGUUGUGCCAAAGGUAUAAUGGAAACGUGUAUCUAACGGCAAGAAACGCAAUUAAAGGGAACGCUGCAGCUUGCAAACUCAAAAAAUUGGGUUUAAACCCCAUUUUCCGUCAAUUGGAUGUUGAAGAUGAGGAAAGUAUUAAAAGGUUUCGAGAUUACAUAGCCAAGCGCGAAGGAGGAAUAAACCUUUUGUUUAAUAAUGCGGGAGUUACUUUUGAUGAGUGUACCCAGCUUUUUUCAAAGGAGGCGGAGAAGGUGGUAAAUGUGAACUUCUUUGGAACGCUACAUGUGUCCGAGAUUCUGGCGCCCUUAUUACGGUAUGGUGCGCGAAUCAUCAAUACAUCCAGCUACUUUGGUCAUUUGUCCAACAUUCCUUCUGCAAGUCUCAGAGACCGGCUCGCAUCAAGGAACUUAACAGUUGACGGUUUAUGUCAGUUAAUGAAUGAGUACUUAAGUGACGUUCGACAAAAUAAACAUAUUACUAACGGAUGGGGAGAUUCUCCUUACAAUGUAUCCAAAGUUGCGGUUGCCGCCCUAACGAUCGUUUUGCAAAGACAAUUCGACAACGAUCCCGAAAAGAGGCAGAUUUCUGUUAAUUCUGUUCACCCUGGCUAUUCUAAAACGGACUUGACGGGAAACACCGGAACGUACACUGCAGAAGAAGGUGCGAGACCUGCAUUAUUUGCUGCCCUGGAUGCAGAGGGACUGAGAGGGCAAUUUGUGUGGGAGAAUUUAGCCAUUAUCGACUGGUAUUCUCCUAAUCCUCCUAGUUUCUAGUGUGCAACGUUAUUCAACUUUAGCAAUUAUUAUUGUACGUAUUAAAUUAAAUACAUUGUUACAUCAAGCAGGAUAAUAAAAAAC